ACACACACACACACACACACACACACGCACACACACACAGGCACAGGCACACACACUACCACACUACCACGCAACCCCCUACAUUCCCUCCCUCCCUUCCUUCCCUCGGCAUGUCGAGCGCAUUCCGCACACGGGCCUUGCGCUCACGGCUCGCCGAGUGCACCCCAGACCAGCUCCGCGACAUCAUCACACAGCUGUGUGAGAGCCAUGGCAACAUCCGGUUCGAGACCAAUGUGAUUCUGGAUGAGAUGCUGCAGCCCAAGACACGGACGCCUGCGCGGGCGCGGGCGCAUGCCAAGUCGGCACUGGCCAUGCGGUCAACCAUGGGAGGCGAGUCGCCGUCGCCGGGAGGACGGUCGCGGUCAAAGUCGCCGUCGCAUCUUAAGUCGGUCAUGAUGCAGCCGUCACUCUUCACCCGGCUCCCGCCCAAGGCUGCGCGGGUGAGAGUCUUCCGCAACGGAUCAAACAACGAGUUUGAGAUGGCGACGGUGGCGGCGUCGUCGAUGGACGAGUUUCUGCGGCUGGCAACGGACAAACUCGGCCUGGUGGCUGCGGCCCGCAAGGUGUACGACGUAGAGGGCAACACAGUGACCACGCUCGAUGGGCUGGAGAACGAUGCAGUGGUGUAUGUCUCGGCGGGCGAGGCGUUCCAGGACCCGAUGCGGCACGGCCCGCGGGUGACGACGUCGUCGAUCGGCGCAGACCACCGGCUGGUGCGGCAGACGACCAAGCGGCUGUACGCCAAGAAGAAUGGCGACCCGUCCGACGAUCGGUUCAUCAUUGUGGCGCCGCUGCCGGGCCUCUACACACCGGCGCAGGAGAUGGAGAUGCUGCUUACCGACUGCACGGCCAAGCUUAACCUGGUGGCGUGCGCCAAGCGGGUAUUUACCGAAGAGGGCAAGCUUGUUGAGUCGGUGGCAGAACUGGCCAACGGACAGACCAUUGUGGUCUCUGUUGGCGAGCCGUGGCACGAUCCGGCCGACAAGUCGCCGAUCAAGCGCGGGGUUAAGAUUGCCGAUGACCACCGGCUGCUUCAGGAGCCGGCAAAGGCCAUCCGGGCGCUGCGCAACGGGCACAAGUCGCUCUCGCGGCAAGCAACGCUAGAGAAGCAGCUGGAUGUCUUCCGCGGCGAGUCGGUUCUUGUGGUGGGAAACACUAUGGAAAAGCUGCUAGAGUCGGCGACAACGCGGCUCUCCCUGACGUCUGCGGCGCGGCGGCUGUACACAGUGACUGGCGAGCUUGUCCAUGAGUUUGACCGCUUUGAGCGCGGCCAGCUGUACUACGUCUCUGUGGGCGAGGGCUUUAUUGAUCCGAUGGACCCGACGCAGCUGGCGGCCAAGCAGAUUGCCGAGCUUCCGGCCUCAUCGCACCUCAAUCCCCCGCCGACAGCGCGGAUGCUCGCCUUUCGCAACGGCGAGUCGGCCAUCCGCGACGCGGUCCGAGUGGUGGCCUCGUCAAUGCGGCAGGUGCUCGAAGAGUGCACCCGCAAGCUGCAUCUUGUUGCGUCUGCGCGGCGGCUGUACACCACGUCCGGCGUGCCCAUCAACUCGCUCAAGGACAUCACCAACGACAUGCACGUGGUUGUCUCGUGCGGCGAACCAUUUAAGCCGCUCGACGGCUCGCGUGUCGAGUCGCUCAUUGCCCCCAUCUCAGAGGGCUCGCGUCUACUGGUCAAAGGCAACAUUCGGCUCAACGCCCACCGCAACGGGUGGGGCUCGCGGCAAGCCGGCCGCCACAUCGUGGGCGCAUCGCUCAAGGAGCUCCUCGACGAGGCGACUCGUGUCCUGGGCCUGCCGUCAGCAGCACGCCGCAUGUACACCGAGGAUGGCGUCCACAUCAAGGAUGUGAACCAGCUCUCGCGCGACAUGACCGUCUACAUCUCGCUCGGAGAGCAGUUUUCGUCGAGUGCGGCUCGCAGCGGUGCCGGCGGAGCUGGUGCCUCGUCGGCUGGCAGCCGUCGCAAGGGCGCCAAAGUCGGCUCCAAAACAGCAAGCACAGGCACGUCGACGUAAAUCCCGAGAACUCCA